AUGCCAUUGUCUCCUCGCCUCUCAAACGACGUCUUCAUCCACGUUCCGCAACAUCUCCUCGCUCUGAAGCCUCCAGGAAAUAACGACUCCAUCCGCGUGAUCUUCUACCUCACUGGAAACCCCGGCCUGCUGAGCUACUACCACGAAUAUCUCGCCCUGCUAGCCUCGAGCGAGGAGGGGAGAGACUAUGUCAUUGUCGGGUUCAGCCUUGGUGGUUUCGAGGACGUCGAGCUGGACGAGAAUGACAAUGAUCUACUCUUUCCGGACGCCGUUGCCGGAAAGCGCGGCGCCAAGACGCGCGGGGAGGAUGCUGAGUGGUGGCGGCUCGAGGAGCAGGUGAAUCUGGCUGUUGCACGCAUCGAUGAAGUCGUGAGGCGGCUGGGGAGAAGUGCAAAGGUCACGCUGAUGGGCCACAGCGUGGGGACGUGGCUGGCUCUUGAGGUGGUCAGCUGUGCCGCGGAGCGCAGGGAGCGGAUGCAUGAGCCGGUCGCGGAUGCGAGUGGUGUCUUAGGCGUGGGUGCGAACCCGGCAGAGGUUCUUGAUUGGGACAUCGAGGCGUGUGUCUUACUGGCACCGACAAUUGUUGACCUCGCCAAGUCGCCGUCUGGCAUCAAGGCUGCCCCCAUCAUGGCAAGACUGUCAUUCUUGCCGUGGUUACUGCAGCUUAUGGCAGCGGGUCUAGCGUGGGCGCUGAGUGAGAGUGCAAUACAGUGGUUGAUUGGCCGCUUCAUGGGGCUAGAUGCGAAUCUGGAAGGAGUGAGAACGACAGCUCGGUUUUUACAGAGUCCCGGCGGAGUACGGCAAGCCUUAGAGAUGGCGAAAGAGGAGCUCGUCAGUAUAUCCGCCGAUGGUUGGGGGCCAGAAGUCUGGGGUGUCGGCGACGCUGUCGAAAGCAGUGCCUGGAACGGACAAGGCGGUCCACUCAUGUACUUCCUAUUCGCGCAGAAGGACCACUGGAUAGGCGACAGGACCAGGAACGACAUCAUCAGGACGCGAGGUAGGCAUGACGGAAGGGGAAGUGUGGUGGUCGACGAGAAGAAGGGUCUAGUACAUGCAUGGUGUUUGAGGCAGAAUCGUGCGGUGAGCGAGUACGUCAAACCGUGGUUAGAAGAUGUUAAACGAUCAUAA